AUGUCCCCGAAGCUGUCGGCGCAGUUGUCGGAGAAGGGCCUGACUUGCAUCCAGCCAGUGCUCGAAAACCUGGGGAUCCUCACCUCACAUGGCUUGGCGCACCUCAGCGCCGAGGAAUUCUCAGAGACCUGCCACAGGCUCCGUGGCGCCCACUUUGGGCCCGGGCAUGUGGCGGCGCUGCGAGUCCUCCGCACGCAGCAGGCCGACGCGGCGCCAGAGGCGCCCGGCGCGGGCGCCAAAGAUUUCGCGCUCUCGCCGAAGCUGCGGAAGGUGCUGGCGGGCGCCGGGCUGUCGCGCACCGAGGCAGUGCUCUCGCAGUGCGGGGUGCGGACCUGCGCCUGCCUGGCUGGCCUCACGGAGGUGGAGGAGACCUGCCUGGCGCUGCAGGCGGGGGGCUUCGACCUGAGCUCCGUGCAGGCUUUCCGGAGCCUUUGCGACCGAGAGAAAGCAGCGCUUCAGGGCCCGGCGCCGGAGGAGCCUGAGCGCCCCUGGAAGUGCCGCAGGACCCGCGCACUUCACGCCUUAGCGCGGCUGCAGAGCUGGGGUCAGCUGGACGGCCUCGACGAGGACGGCUCAGCCACACCGGCGCCGCUCAAGCCGGCGACUCCAACGACGACGCCAAAGAAGCGGCCGGGAGACGUGGAGGAGAAGCAGCGCCUGACGCGGCAGCGCAUCGAGGACACGCUGUGCCACUCCAAAGCCAUUCAGGCAGAGGUGGUGAAGUACCGGGACCGGGUCACCGGGAAGAUGGCGGAGGCUCGGGUCCCCAAGUCGGUGAUGGCGCUGCUGCGCCUGCGGGCCUCCUGCAAUGGGAAGCCCCUGUCCGACGCGCGCCUGGCACGCAUGGCCGUGGACGUGAUGGAGGAGCACAGCUUCGACCCGGUGCGCGCGGUGGCCUCCUUGUCCCCCGCCUCGCUGCUGUGCCCCAGUGGCGCCUUGCGCGUACUGGGCAGCGGCUUCAUCGGCGUGGUCUUCCUCGAGGAGGAGACGGGGGAGGUUGCGAAGGUGAUGCUGGACGACUUCGCGAAGAAGGAGUACGAGCUGUGCCGCGCCUUUGCGUCGGCAAAUCUGGCACCCGCCCCGCUGUCGCUGAGCGGGCCCUGCAGUGUGCCGGGCGGAGACCUCUACUGCAUCCGCAUGGAACGCAUCAGCCUCACGCUGCACGGGCUUCUCAACGCCAAGACCUGGCGCGGCCUGCGCCACGGCCUUGCGCCCCCUGAAGAGCCCCACGCGCGGAGGAUCGCCGGCGCGAUCGUGGCGUCGCUGCAGCGGAUGUACGACAGCGGGCUGGUGCAUGGUGACCUUCACUUGCACAACAUCGGCGUGAAAGAUGCGGACACAUCUCCCACGGUGCAGUUCAUCGACUUCGGGCGCUCGGCCAGCAAGUCCUUCUGCAAAGGCCCCUGUGCCGAAGCCUUCCGCGCUGGACACGAGUACGACGUGUGCAGAUUCAUCGGAGAGCUGUUUCAAGCCUUUGACGAGCUUCAAUACGAGUUUGAGGAGACGAUGCAGGAGUGCCAGAAGGAGCUCAAGGAGCUCCGAAAGAGCAAGGAGACGGACGCCCCCGUUACCGACUGGCAGCUACAUCAUGCGCGUCAGCUUGCCGGUCUGCAGGCGUUUGUGGACGAAGAGCCUAAGGGCUUGGCCAAGGCAGAGCUGGCAUACAGCACACUGCUGGCGGCCGUCUUGUACUACGCCACGGUGAAGCUGGACUUGUCGGACGGCUUCGGUUCCACCGCCUCGGUGCGGAACCGGCGGCUGCGCCAGGCCUGCAAGAAGCGCGAGGCGGCCUGCCACAAAGUGUACUUCAAGUCGGAGCUCUUCUGGGGAGACGAGUCCUGA